AUGGGUCCCGGGAACAGGCGGGCGAGGCCCGCCUGGCGUCCCGGGACGGGCGGGCGACGGCCCGCCUGGCGUCCCGGGACGGGCGGGCGAACGGCCCGCGUCUGGGCGUCCCGGGACGGGCGGGCGACGCCCCCGGCGCCAGCCGGGCCUCCCGGGACGGGCGGGCGACGGCCCGCCGGGCGUCCGGGACGGGCGGGCGACGGCCCGCCUGGCGUCCCGGGGACGGGCGGGCGACGGCCCGCCUGGCUCCCGGGACUGGGCGGGCGACGGCCCGCCGGCGUCGACGGCGACCGGCGUCGGGACGGGCGGGCGACGGCCCGCCUGGCGUCCCGGGACGCGGGCGACCCGCCCGCCUGGCGUCCCGGGACGGGCGGGCGACGGCCCGCCUGGCGUCCCGGGACGGGCGGGGCGACGGCCCGCCAGGCGUCCCGGGACGGGCGGGCGACGGCCCGCCUGGCGUCCCGGGACGGGGGCGGGAACGGCCCGCCCACUCGACGGCCCGCCUGGGCCGGGAGGGCCCCGGCGUCCCGGGACGGGCGGGCGACGGCCCGCCAGGCGUCCCCGGGACGGGCGGGUCGACGGCCCGCCGGCGUCCCGGGACCGGGCGGGCGCGGCCCGCCGGGCUCCCGGGACGGGUCGGGGCGACGGCCCGCCGGCGUCCCGGGACGGGCGGGCGACGGCCCGCCGAGGCGUCCCGGGACGGGCGGGCGACGGCCCGCCUGGCGUCCCGGGACCGGGCGGGUCGACGGCCCGCCGGCGUGGGACGGGGGCGACGCCCGCGUCCCACGGGCGACCGGCCCCCGGGCGUCCCGGGACGGGCGGGCGACGCCCGCCUGCGUCCCGUACGGGCGUGCGACGGCCCGCCGGCCCCGGGACGGGCGGGCGACGGCCCGCCGGGCGUCCCGGGACGGGCCGGGCGACGGCCCGCCGGGCGUCCCGGGACGCGCGACGGCCCGCCGACGGCUCCCGGGACGGGCGGGCGACGGCCCGCCCGGGCGUCCCGGGACGGAGAGCGACGCAGGGCGAGUACCGGGACCGGGCGGGCCCGGGACGGCGGCAUGA